CCCUGUUCCCCCUUCACUAUCACUAUAUCAAUCUCUUCUCUUCCGUCAAACCCACUCUCUCUCUCUCUCUCUCUCUCUCUCUUCUACUCACUGAUUUACACUACAAAAAUGGAUAUGUAUGGAUUAUCCUCGCCGGAUUUAUUCCGCAUUGAUGAUCUUCUUGAUUUCUCCAAUGACGAUCUUUUCUCCGUCUCUUCCACAGCCGGCGCCAAUUCCUCUCUCGAAACCAUCACCACUACCACCUCUAAUUCCCUUCCACCGCAAAACCCUACUGCCCCUUUCAUCACUUUCCCUUCUCUCUCAACUGACUCCGCUUACGACCUCUGCGUCCCGACUGAUGAUGUAGCGGAGCUUGAAUGGUUAUCGAGAUUUGUGGACGAUUCAUUUUCUGAUUUCCCGUCUAACUCGGUUGUCGGAUCUGAUACGUCGUUGUUUCCGGGCAGAGCACGCAGCAAGCGAUCCAGAGCGACGAGCUGGACGUUGUCGCCGGAAGCGAAGGGGAAUAAAGAGCGUUCUCACCGGCAAUCGUCGCCGGAGGGAGGGGUUCGUCGGUGCACGCACUGCGCUUCCGAGAAGACGCCGCAGUGGCGGACGGGUCCUUUGGGUCCGAAAACUCUGUGCAACGCGUGUGGAGUUCGGUACAAAUCGGGUCGACUUGUACCCGAGUAUCGACCCGCCGCAAGCCCGACGUUCGUGCUGACUCAGCACUCGAACUCUCACCGAAAGGUGUUGGAGCUCCGGAGACAAAAGGAAGUGUUGAGGCAGCAGGAGCAAAAGCAUCAAGUGUGCUGACGUGUUUCAAUCUCCACCGUCUGAUCUGAGAUCAUGUACUGUUUGGAUGAAUAGUAACAAAUUCUCUUUAUUAAUU